AUGGAACAACCAUCGUCAAGCUCAAAGGUUACAGUGGAAUAUUUCGACCCUGAUAAUGUAUAUCCACUCUUAUCGCCAGGACUUCUACCUCGACUUCCUCUACGAAACUUACACUGGGAAUCACACGCUGGUCCGCUCCGUUCCAUAUCCUCCCUUCAUGUCGACCUCAUCAAACACAAUCCAGACUCCGGACUAAGCGCACCAUCAGUGCCCCUUAAUUCGAGUGCAUCCGAUCUCUCAAGGGUGAGAAGUACAGACUCUGGCAUCAGCGCAGAUGAUGGAUUUCGCACACAGGCAAUUGGCCAAGCUGCCGACAGGCCCCCUGCACUCUCCCGAUCCAGUACGAACUCGGCCGUGAAGGGCCGCAGACACCAAAUUCCCGGAUUAAGACAGACACCGUACUUGAAGAUUCUAUUUCUGCGGUGUGAUGAUAAUGAUACAUACAAGUCUCAGGGUCGGAAGCAGGUUCGAGAGUGGAUAAAGGAGCACACUCCAUCAUCAACAAGCAAAUCCACUUCACAGGAAAACCACGACAAUUUUGAAUUCCUUAUUGUUCAUGUAAUCGUUCCGAAUACUGCAGCGGCUACUCAGCCUCCUACGAGUGGGAAAAGUGCAGAUGGUAGUUCUGGAUCUACAAGUGAGAAAUCUACGGCACGUUGGAGAGGCGGUGGAUCAUCUACCAUUCUCGAGAAAUUGAGAGCAGACUUCAAUGGCUCAACGAAGUCUGGUGUUGAUCGGAUUGCUCAAAUUCGCAUUGGCAUCAACGAUGUUCCUUAUAACAUGCUUCCUCGUGUUGUACCGGCGAUCCCUGGAUCCUAUACGGAAACACCACAAGAAAAUGAGAAUGCCUGGAUUGAUCUGAUUUCGAAGCUCAAAUUCUUGAUAUUGCAGUCAUUUGACAUGCGGGUAACUCAAUAUGAAGAGAACAUUCGGGAAAAGGAUAGUCAAAGAACUUUGCCUGGCUGGAACUUCUGUACAUUUUUUGUACUCAAAGAGGGUCUGGCAAGAGGAUUUGAGAGCGUUGGUUUGAUCGAAGAUGCCUUGGUGGGGUAUGAUGAGCUUUCCAUUGGCUUGGACACAAUUGUUAGAGACCAAGCUGCUGCAGAGCCUGGCAUUCAGCACGGCGGCUCUUUCUUGCCUUACACCGAAGAACUUAAAGUGCAGGCAGAGCGGGCUAGAGAGGCAAUUCUGAAAGACAUAGGCUUGGAGGGCGCAGGAUCAGACUCAGAGGAACCGAUUGAUCUGCAGUCCACGGGUGGUACUUCCGAGGAGGAGGAUGAGAUCACCAUUGACGCAUCGAGGAAAAGGUAUCGGGAACUCAUUCUUGCGAACGAUGUUUCAAUAUUUGAUUUUCGGUGCUAUUUAUUUGCUCGUCAAUUAACUCUCUUACUGCGAUUGGCAAAUGCAUGGUUUACACAAGAAGAAUUACUCGCAAAGCUCAAAGAACAACGAGAAUCAAGUUUACUUGGAGUAGCUGCUAGACUUCCAGCUUCACAACCUUCAGAUGACACUGAAAAUCUUGCUGUGCUUGGUGAAGUCUGUAAGCGAGCAAUGGAUUUUAUCGGUGCUAUAUCAAAUAUCAUGCGUGAGGAUAUCUGGAGUGCUUAUUUCCAUUCUCAAAAAGAGAUUUCCUACGAGAAGGCAAAAUCGGAUUUUAAAUCAGAUCCCGUGAUGAAUCAAGUAAUUGAAAAUGUUGUUUCCUCCUUCACAUUUUCUCUUGCUCAGCAGAUACUUGCACAGACUUCUACAAAAGCAUUGCCUAUCCCAGCUUCGACACUGGCACCUCCCGGCGGCGGAGCGGAGCCCAAAUCCUCAAUCCCCGAACCUAAAACAAUGAUGCAUCCUGCUAGGACGACUUCUCUUGCCCUCCGAUCAUCGUCUCGAGAGCCUCCAAGUCCCGGAUUGUUUCCUAGUGGUCGAAGAGCCAGCGUACCUGGUCCUGGUGCGAGUUCGUCGGCCUUCCUCAAAAACGGGUUAGAGGACCUUGCUGCUCACCGAGCCGAACUCUAUUUGCUCUCUCGGAGUGUUCUAGAACAUAUUGGUAAACAGCGUGGAUGGACUGCCGGCUGGGAAGAUGUGAAUAAGCAUCAAAGUGAGGAUAUGGAAGUCAUGGAGGAGGUUAACCUUGAUGAAGAAACGCCAUCAAACAAAGACCAGACAACUUCUCCAAUUCAAUUUUCGCCUUCGCUAAACGGCAUUGACAGCAAGUUGCUUCGGACAGCACUAGACAACAAGGCCGAUUUUUAUCGUCUCUACGAAACUCUUACUGAUAAAGCACUCCGGCAUUAUACCGUAGCAAAUCGCAUUCAGUCUGUACAGACUAGCAUCGCAGAUCUGGCUAUUCUCAAAUAUCAUCUGGGGGACUAUGCUGCUGCUGCCUCCUAUUUUUAUCGCAUUACUCCUUUUUACGGGGAUGCUUCAUGGACACAAGUCGAAGUGUCGCUAUUAGUAAUGUACGCUAAGUGCCUCAAAGAGUUAAGUCGUAACGAUGAAUAUGUCAAAGUCGUAUUGAAGCUUCUUGCGAGAGUGGCCAUGAUGGAGAAAGACAGACUUACCAGAAAAUCAGCUUUCAAGAUCGGCCAAAUGAGUACGUUUGACGAAGGAGAUAUUAUUCUCAGUGACAAAUACCUGAAUGAAUUGUUGCUGAUAACACCAACCUUGUCCCGUGAUGUUCACGUCCCACUGCAGGAUUAUUUUAGUAAGAUUGAAGUAGACGGAACUCCUCAAUAUCAUUCUGGUCAGGAUAGUUUCGGCUUACAGCUUCGACUUCAAUAUUUGCUAAAGGAAGACUUGAACGUCGAUAAGGCCCGAGUAAGGGUUAUUCCGUUAUUGGGCGGCCCUGGCCGGGAAAUUUGGCUCGAAACAAAUGAUGCACGUUUAUACAAAAAAGGGUGGAAUGAACUAUACGUUCAGAGUAAUAUCAUAAUCCCUGGCUCUUAUCAAGUUACACAUGUCAUUCUCCACAGUAGCAAAAUUAUCAUGGAGUAUUCACACGACAGUAUUGGACAUCUAUCUACAAGAGGAAGCGGUUUCUUCAAAUGUCCGAAACUACUCCUUUACCACCGCGCAGAAGCCUUCAACGCCAAACUCUUUUCCUCUAGAUGCAUGCAUCUAGACCAAAAUCGGUCUUUAGAAAUUGAGCUAUCGUCUGGGUGGAAUGAUGUCAGAAAUGGCCAACUUCAAAUUCGUGCGGCAACAGCUGGGCUGCGGCUUCAAACGAGUGAGGUGGCGAUUAUCGACGGACAACUCGACAUUUCCAAAAAGAAAGAGGCAGGGGUUGUUCACUUUGGUGCGAUGGAAGCCGAGAGCAUUGCAAGAAUACGAGUGCCGUUCAAUCUCGAACACGAGGUGAACGAGGUCACACUUCGACUUGAAAUAUCGUACACAACGAAAGAUGGAGACUUUUUCUUUGCUACCACUUCUUCGGUAUCAAUCAUGCUCCCAUUGGGUGUCAAUGUCCAGGACGUAUUCAAGCAUAAAGCAUUGUUUUCAAAAUUCACCAUCUCAACAUCCACAAAUAGCCCACUUAGACUCCUUAGUUCUAAGUUGGAAAAGUCCGAAAUAUUUGAGGCGCAUUCUGGACUUGGCCUAACACGACCUCUCACCAUAUUUCCUCGUCAACCAGCGUCUCUACUGUACAAAAUCACAAAGACCGAUUCACCUUCUUCCCCAAUUACUCGACGGAAGUCUCACAGGCCGAGAACUUUAUCUCUCAUCUUACAUUAUAUCUGUCUUGAUGAAGAGGUUUAUGAUGUUGUGGCUCAAGUUCUGGGAGACUUUCUCAGGAGCAACUCCUUGCGACCAUACACUCGCCUGAUUGUACCUGUUGUCCUUUCGGAACUUCGAUCAAAUUUCUCGCCAUACGAUUUUGAGAGGGCCGCCAUUCUUGGUGAGAUACCUACUUCAGCUAUCCUCAACAUCAGAUGGCAUGACCAUUUUUCGGGACUGGGAAAUUCUAUUGAACAAGACCAAGACACUGCUCUGCUCAUUUGCAACAUACUUCAGGAAUGGCAGAAGCAAAAUCCCGUGAUCCCUUUACCGCUCCUAUCCGUCGACGGGGCUGCAAUCUCAAAAAGCCGAUCGAUUGUAAUCCCCGUGGAUGUCCCUUCGGUGAUGGUGGUGCAUACUGCUGACCUACGGCUACUUCAAACAGCAUCAGUAGCUUCUAGUAGUGCUGUAGCAGCAGCAAACGAGCCAAUACCAGCAUCGUUGCACCUUAUAUCAACGAGGAACUGGGAUACUGCAUCUCAUGAUGAUGCUACAAGCCCAGGGGAAGAUAUAGAAUUUGUAUACGAGGUCACGGGUCCGUCAGAUACAUGGCUUAUUGGUGGUAGGCGAAAAGGUCACUUCAAAGUCCCUAGAGCUGUAGAUGGAGGGAAUCAUAAAUUGGCUUUCCCUAUCGUGCUGAUCCCUCUUCGGGAGGGGUUUUUACAAUACCCUACUAUAGAGAUCAAACCACUUCCUGCUACAAGAAGUAUCAGGCCAGGAUCAUCGGGCGGUGGAGAGGAAGGCGUGAAGAAUAAAUCACGGCCUGUAACUUGCGAAACUGACUUGGACCGCAGGGCGGAGCUUGGUUGCUAG